AUGUCGCCGCUCGCAUUUGAGAAUCGUGCCGAUUCGAGGGAGAGCAGCGUGUGCUACUCGAGGUCGGGCAGCGCUCAGUAUUUCGCGCUGGCGGCGAGGGACUUCGGAUCCGGAGCGGCAGGCAGAGCGCUCCACGGCAACAGUGCCAUCCUGCGCAUCUCGGCGGGCAUCGAAGCAAACCCAGAGAGUUUCAAGCUCGUGUUCAUCCAGGGCAAGUCCAGCAGCGAGCUCCUCGAGGAGCACCGGAGACGAGCACAGGACCGUGCUGUCUGCACGGGCGGCAAGAAGGACUACGCGAGACGACCGGUGAGCUUCCAGGUCGCGCUGCCCCGGGAGCAGGGCAGCGCGUCCCACCAGCUCGCGCAGGACGAGACCGCGGUCCAGCCCCGCCGGGGCGCCGACCCCAGACGCGACCGGAGCCGGUCCCCAGAGCUGGUGCGGAGCGCGCAUUCUGCAGAGUACCAGGACCGCAUGCGGCGGCUGUUCGAGAAGUACGGCAUGGCCAGAGCAGCCACGGCCGAGGAGCAGAAGUGGAGGGGCAUCGAGGGUCCAGACGUGCUGCGCCUGGGCUGA